UGGUACGCUAAAGAUGGCGGACUCAAGUUUGUUAGAAAACGAUGACGCCGAGACCCGGGAAUUGUACGAGAAAUUAUUAUUACAGGCGAGUGAAUUGCAAGGUUUUGACCCGGACCAAGUUCCAGGAUUUAACACAGUGCUACCAGAUGCAGGCUUCUGUGUAAAAACCAGAAAUGACAAAGAAAAAGUUUUUGUCAAUGUUUGUAAAUCAGAUAGGAUACCAAAUGCUAAAGAGAUCACGGAGAAAGAACUUCUGGAUUUAUUAGACACUGAAGAGCCUGAUUAUCGUGUACCGAUGAGUUUAGGUGAACCACAUGCUGAAUUAGACAAAAGUGGCAAUGGCUGUACUGCAUAUGAUGUCAUCAUUAAUCCAACGUUCUUUGAGAAAAUCCGAGAUAACAUGAUAUUCCAAGGUUUCUUUCUCUCCUUGGUAUUUGAAGGAUUGGAAUUGAAAUACGAUAUGAAGCUAGAUAGAAAUUAUGUCAUUUUGAAAAAUAGAAAAUUUCUUGGUUCAUUGCCGGAACAACACAUACGAACCAGAUCCAAACCCAGAAUACAGGAAAUGGAGAAAGAUGAGAAACCAGAAGAAAAACCCAAAUCAUCUUUAAUUACUGAAAUUGAAGAUGAUCCGAGUGGAGAUAAAAAUAAAGGACCAGAACCAGAAUAUCAGAUAUUAAGAGAGCCACCAGAGGGUCAUCCAGAAUUCCUUGUAGCAGAAAUUCAGUUACCAAAUGUUAAAUCCAGUAAGACAUUAAACCUAGAUUUAGGUGAAGAUAGAAUAUUAUUACAUGCUCAUCCCACUCUCUAUCACCUUGAUAUUUAUCUUCCUUAUAAUCUAAACCAAGAAGACAGUGGUGCACAGUUUAAUAAAGAUAAUAAGGUACUCACUCUUAUCUUAGCAGUACAAUCAUCAUAACAACAAGUGACACAUAUUCCUGUACAGUGUGUACAAACGACUCAAUGAACUCCUCAGAAAACAGAAGUUUGUACAAGCUACCCAAUUAACUCAUCAGAGGAAAGAAACAUCCUGUGAUAAUUGCUGAUAUUUGCAAUGCUAUAAAGCGAAUCAUGAGGUUUACUGGUUACCAUAACAACAGUUGAAACAGUUUAUGACAAAUAUUCUGUAUCUGAUUUUCAAACAAAAAUUUUGCUCACUUGCAACACCAAAUUUUGCUCCACAAUUAUUCAGGUAAAAACAUAGAAAUGAUUUAAGCUAUGAGCUGUCGUCAAAAUUAUUAUUUUUAGCUAUAAAUAUGUCCCACAUUUUUGCAGCAAUUAAAGUCCCGUAGCUGAAUGUCUCAUGUUCUUAAUUCACAUUCAGCAAAUUUAUGUGCACCACAGAAUCCAUUUCUUUGCUAACUCUAAAGUUAACUUCAAGAA